UGCUUCCGUUCUGGGCUACAGGCGACUGGACUCUAGGAGAUGCCGCGCCAUGAACCCGGAACGGGCCACGACCUGGUACCGGCGGAUGUCUGUGGUCUAUGCAAUGGGCACCUGGACUCUGUUGGGUUCCGCGUUUUACUUUGGCCAGAAAAAAAAGCCACCAGGUAAUGAAGUAGAGCAAAAGGAUGUCUCAACAAGUGAAAUACCUGAGUCCCCAAAACAGUUUUAUGUGGAAACGAUUGUCACAUAUAAAGAAGAUUGUGUUCCAUACACUACGAAGAUCCUCGAGUAUUUGAAAUCAUGGACUGGUAGUUCUGGAUCGGAAUCAUGAUUGAUGAAUUCUAUAAAUAAGAACUUUGGUUCAGCAUUUAAAUUUGAUAGUUGGGGCUGGGGUUGUGGCUCAGAGGUAGAGCGCUCACCUACCAUGCGUGAGGCAGUGGGUUCGAUCCUCAG